AUGUUUCGUAAGAAGAAAAAGAAGAGGCCUGAGAUUUCAGCGCCCAAAAACUUUGAGCACCGUGUCCACACAUCAUUUGACGCCAAACGGGGCUGCUUUGUGGGCCUGCCGACACAAUGGCACAGCUUGAUAGAGAACCUGCGCAGGCCCAGGCCCAUGGUGGACCCAUCCAGGAUCACAGAAGUGGAACUGAGGCCAAAGAAGACCAUUGUGCGUGGAGCAUGAUCGGGUCACGGGGACUACAUUGCAGCCAUGAUCAACGACAUGAGCCGCCUGUCCGUGACCAGCUCCAACUCUCUGAGGAAGAGCAGCCCCUCGGCCAGGAAGAGGGCACAGUCUCUUGGACCUGGGGAGGUGAAUGAGGGAGACCCUUACCAGUAUGAGGGCCUGACCCAGGAUGAAGAUGAUGACGAGGAUGCAUGUGAAGACCCCUGGAGGGAAAGAGCAAGGAACAUCCACAGUGAGACCAACACUCCCUCUGGCAUGAAGAAGAGCAUCACCCUGCAGCAUGGGAUCUUACCAAAGGCCAAAUCCACCUAUGAAGUCAGCUUUGGCUCCAUGGAGGGACCCUCGCAUCCGGCUCAGUCCCAGAACAACCCAAUGCUGAGCCACGGGGCGUAUAUGAGCGGGGAGGUGGGCAGCCCUCAGGAGAGUGAUAUGGAAGAGAAGAAAUUUCAGCUUCAGGGGAUGCCACCAAGUCAGAGACCCAUUGCUUGUUUUUACAGCCCUGCUAUGACUGUUCAGCCACCUCAUGGAGACCAAGGGACAGUCACCACAGAGCUUAGGCCAAACCCUCCAAUGUACAUGCACCCACAGAACAGCCCCGGGAGGCCGUUCUCUUCCUAUGACCUGAAGGCAGAGUCGGCAGUGAGGUACCACUCUGGCUUCCUCCCCACUGGAAACAGCAGUCCUCUUGUGGGCGGCAUCAGACCCCAGCGGACUGUUCGCUCCUCUGCUAGCUACACGCUGGGCUUGUCUCCUAACAUGGGACUUAGGCCAAAUGGACCUGACCCCUUCCUCAGACACUCUGGGUGCCCAGCCCCUCCCUACCCUCGACAGGACAGCCCCUCCCAGCCUCGCCCCUCCCCUACAGGCUCUCUAGCCACCAGUCCUCCAGGAACUUGCUCUCCUGCUUUUAGACCCCCACAACAUCCUUCACCCAGACCACCACCAGACCCCCCUAAAGUGACACAUGAGCAGUUCAAAGCAGCCUUGCAGAUGGUUGUAGAUAAAGGGGAUCCUCGGUCUUACCUGGAGAACUUUGUGAAGAUCGGGGAGGGCUCAACGGGUGUGGUGUGUAUCGCUACAGAGAAGCACAGUGGACGGCAGGUGGCGGUAAAGAUGAUGGACUUAAGGCGGCAGCAAAGGAGAGAGUUGCUCUUUAACGAGGUGGUCAUCAUGAGAGACUAUCAGCACAGGAACGUUGUGGAGAUGUUUAAGUCGGCCCUGGUGGAGGAGGAGCUGUGGGUCAUCAUGGAGUACCUGCAAGGAGGAGCGCUAAACAUUGUAUCUGAAACCAGGCUGAGUGAAGAGCAGAUUGCCACAGUCUGUGAAGCUGUUUUGCAAGCCCUGGCCUAUCUCCAUUCACAGGGAGUCAUCCACAGAGACAUCAAGAGUGACUCCAUACUACUUACAUUAGACGGAAGAGUCAAGCUUUCAGAUUUUGGCUUCUGUGCUCAGAUCAGCAAGGACAUCCCAAAGAGGAAGUCCUUAGUGGGGACACCCUAUUGGAUGGCUCCUGAGGUCAUCUCUAAAUCACCAUAUGGCACUGAGGUGGAUGUUUGGUCAAUGGGUAUCAUGGUGGUGGAGAUGGUGGACGGAGAGCCCCCGUACUUCAGUGAAACUCCCGUAGCAGCUAUGAAGAGACUGAGGGAUGAGCCAGCUCCGACUGUUCGAAAUGUUACCCAGAUCUCGCCAGUUCUAAAAGACUUCCUGGACCGAAUGCUGACUCGGGAACCCUUAGACAGAGCCAGCGCCACUGAUCUGUUGGAGCACCCGUUCCUGCUGCAGAGCAGCUCACCUCAGUGCCUGGUCCCAUUGGUGGAGCAGUACCGCAAGCGCAUGUCCCGUUGCUGAUCCUGGGGGGGCUCUGGCUCACUAACACCCACCUUCAGUCUGACCUUCCCAGGCCUGGGAGGACAAGCAGCGCCCGGGUCCAGAUCCUCUUCCACCCAAGAAAAUGGGUGAUAAGCCACGGAGAAGAAGACCCAGACAGCAUGUUGCUGAUGGAGUGAUUGUGGAAGGGUUUCAAGUUUGGUUGACACGCAGCGCUGCAUGGUCUCGGCAUGAGAGAAGCACUUUAGGAGUGAGUUGAAGGCAGCAUGCAAUUCCUCACAUCUCAACUCGGUUGAACCGAAAAUCAAUAAGCUUCCUGUGACAUUCAGUAGGAUUCAACACAACACAAAACAAAAUGGUGCAUAUCAACUGAAAAUUAAUAUUCCACGUAAAUACACGCACUACCCCAAUGACCCUUUAUUGUGUUCAUGAUGGGCAUUAUGCUAGCUGUGUUAAGCCUCUGAGGCUGACGUUAGGAUCAAACCACGUAGCUCAUUGUGAUGCUGUAAAGGAAGGAUAAAGUUACCUCUGCACCACACACACACACACGCACACACACACACACACACACACACACACACACACACA